AUGUCUUCAAUUCUGUAUCGAAAUAACGGCACAAGAAUUAGUCGAGUGUUGAGUCGUUUGAAUACAAGCGUAAAGUUGGCCACAAAUGCCCGGAUUAUCGGUAAUCAAGGGCUCAGUCGUCACAUACCGGUGCGCUCUAAGACCCGAUGGGUGGCCUAUAAUAAAGGUUCACUGAAGGUGACGGUAAAGCCAUUGAAAGUGACGGUAAAACUGAAUGCAAUCGACAGGAGAGACAAAAGGCAUCGAAAGGCCAUUGAAUACGAGGUUUUCGACAAAUCGUUUGCUUUGAUCGAGAAGUACAGCAAAGAGAGUACUAAUGGUUUGAGUAAACGAUUUCAGAGGGACUACCGGCGCCGUAAGGCUCGCAUGAAUUGGCAUAAAGUGUGGGGCCGGGAGCUGAACGAUGGGAAGGGUACAAAUAUUGCUGAAACGGCCACUAGCGCAUAUUUAAUAGGACCUUGGGUGAAAAAUAGUCCGACCCUAGGACCUCAUGGAUUGGCUGAGUAUAGUGUAACAGUAAAAGAGGAGAAAAUAUUCAAUUCAUUCACAAUUCGGCCCAAAAUAUGCACCGAUUUGUCGCAAUGUUUCGAUGUCAACACCAUUAAAAUCACUCCGGACAUUAAACAAACUUCACGAUAUGGACCUACAGUACAUAUAUUAGACUGUAGUAAAUCUGGUAUUUACACUGACCCUGCUGAUCCCACCAAGGACCUACCAAAUGUUUGCAGAUGCUUACCUGCCCAUUAUGGUCCUAAAUGUGAAAUGCUAGAUUAUUGUGCUGAUAAGCAACCCGGUAAACAAUACUGUAAAAGUUUGGGUGAUUUAGAUUGCAUCGAGGACCACGCUGAAAAUUUUGCA